CAGUCUGAUGCAACAGCUCUCACCGAGCUACCGACACUUUACCGGCACUGAAACACCGUGAACACCGUAAGACACCGUAAGACACCGGGGAGAGAUACAGCAGAAGAUUCGGCGGAUAAAGAAAAGGAGGACAAACUUUGUUUCUGGAUCAAAUAUUUUGAAUUUUUCGUCGUUUUCCGGUUCAACGUCCCGCUGCUAGCUGCUAAGCUAACCUGCUAGCUGCUAGCUGUUAGCCUGCUGAGCUAACGGAGCUUCCGGAGAGUAAAGCCGAGAACAUGGAGCUUUACCCGGCUUCAACCAGCCGCUCUGCCCGCUGCUGCUCCUCCACCACCUCCACCAGCUCCACCAGCUCCUCCUCUGUCUUCACCAGCAGAAAGAAGUCCAACCAUCAUUCUCAGCGAGCCUCAGUCGGUGUGUGUGCGGGUCUGUGCGGGUCUGCGGGCCGGUCUGUGCGGGGCUGAAGCUGCUGACAGCUGGAUGGCUGCUGCUGUCAUUAACGGAGUCUCUGUCCGUUAAUGUCACUUUAUUUGUAUUCUAAUUAUUUGUAAUUUGCACAUUUGACUUAAACAAUGUUCAGGAACUGGAGCGCCGAGCCACAUUUAUCUUCUCCAGCCCGCCACGGAGGCGCCUCCGCCGGGCUAGAGGCUCAGGAAAGCUCGUGGAUCGGCCUCCUCUCCGUGGUGUCCAGGCCCGCAGUCACGUUCCUGCAGAGAUACCUGGGCCGAGGCGGGAACCUGCUGGAGCCCGGCGGGAACCUGCUGGAGCCCGGCUGGACGGGACCGGGGAGAACCGGCCCGCUGCAGCCCGGGCCCGGAGGCUCUCUGGCCUGGCUGACCGAGGAGUCUCUGCGGGACAUCGGGAUUCAAACCGGGAUUCAAACCAAGGAGGAAAUGGAUUUAAACAUGUGCCCGCAGACUCAGGGGGGCUACCUGUCCUCUGCCCGGACCGUGCUGAGCCAGGUCCUGCUGACCGGGCCCAGCAGAGCCUGGGGGGGCUCCUGGGGGGGCGAGGACGCACCACAUAAAGGUCUGUUGUCUGGUCUGAGCUGGGCGGAAACAAAAGCCCAAACACAGCGGGGCGGUGAGGGGGGGUGGACGCUGGGAGAACACACUGGACCCGCUGACCAUAAAGAGGCCAACUAUGGAGGCCUCCUGACCACAGGGGGGGCCAUACCUGGGGGGGGCACACCUGACCUCCUGCUCAGAGUCACGGGAGCUGCCUGCAGCGAGGUGGCUCUGCUGACCCCGGACCAGGACCAUGGGUACUCCAGCCUGGAGGAGGAGCACGUCCAGACCCUCCGCCUCCUCAUGGUGACCCAGCCCACCCCACCCCAAAACCCCCCAACCCCCCCGCCGGGGGCCGGGUCAGCUGACGGUGCCAUCAGGGCCGAAGAGUCUUCAUCGGGGAGGGCUGAGGAAGAGGCCCCCCCCCCUCAGUGCCAGAAUAAGUCCAUCGCCUUUAUUAUGGGAUGUCCCUGCAGCGACGACAGCCAAUCAGAGUCCAGCGAGGAAGACGAUGACGGCUUCGACAGCGAAGGCUCGUCUGAGCUGUCGGAAGACGAUGAUGAUGAAGAAGAUGAAGAUGAUGAUGAUGAUGAUGAUGAAGGGGGGGACAGUGAGGACUCGGAGGCGGAGCGUCUUUGGGCAUCUCUGAGUCGCAGUCAGGAUCCGUACGACCUCCGAAAUUUCACCGCCCGGCUUCACACGAACACGCCGCCCCGCCGUGUCCCCGCCAGGCCACCGUCCUCCACCCAGUCCUCCCCCGCCUCCUCCCCCGAACUCCCCCCUGUGCUCAGGUCCUCCCCCGAACUCCCCCCUGUGCUCGGGUCCUCCCCCGAACUCCCCCCUGUGCUCAGGUCCUCUCCUGAACUCCCCCCUGUGCUCGGGUCCUCUCCUGAACUCCCCCCUGUGCUCAGGUCCUCUCCUGAACUCCCCCCUGUGCUCAGGUCCUCUCCUGAACUCCCCCCUGUGCUCGGGUCCUCCCCCCUCACCUCCUCCCCCCUGUCCUCGUCCCCCCCCUCUGGACUGGACUCGUGGGACGACUCGGGGAGCGAGGCGGAGGAGGCGCAGAGCUUCCUGAACUCCUUCAGUUCCUUCUCUGACCCCUACAGCCUGUUCAACUUUCAGGCCCCUAUCAGGACUCGAGGGCCCCAAACUGCCCCCCAGACUCCCCCUGACCCCCCCCAUCAUAACCCCACAGCACCCUCGAGGUACAGGAAGAAGGAGAGCGGCUUCUCAGAACCCACCGGUUCCUCCAGUUCCUCCGGUUCCUCUGGUUCUUCAGGUUCCUCGUCACAGAGCUGCGGCUCGGAGAAGAAGGUGCGUUUCUGUGACGACGUCGAGGAGUUCUUCACCAGCGGGGGGGACGAGGACCGCCGAGGCCCCUGGGAGCAGCUGGCUCGGGACCGCUGCCGCUUCCUGCGCCGCUGCCAGGAAGUGGAGCUGAGCAUCGGUCCGGUGCUGCAGCCGCUGCACCGCCGCAGCGUCUACGCCCGCAUCGCCCGGUCACAUGACCUCAGAGAUGACACUAUGAACACAGACUGAUCCUGAUGUCAUCAGAGCGAGACGAGCGGACGCCACUGUUCUGUGGAUCAGCCGAUUGAUUAUCGAUCAGCUGAUUAUCGAUCAGUAUUUUUUGCUUUUUCUAAAGUUCAAAGUUUUAUUUUCAGCAGCUGUUUGGGUCACUUCCUGUUUGUGUCAACAUGAAUGAAUCUGCAUUUUAUUUUGAAGGAGUUCAGCUGAUCAAUGAGUUUGAUUAGAAACCGAUCAGCAGGUCCACUCACAGCCUGAGCCGAUCAAUAAAAUGAUUGAUCAUCAUGAGUUAACUCUUUACAUUCUGAUUAUUGAUCUGCAGCAACAUUAAUAAACUAUUAAUAAUUAAUGAUCAGUUUAUAAAACACACAAAUGUUUAAAUGCAGAUUUAUAAUAGAUUCAUAUAUUAAUGUAUUAAUUAAUAAAAAAUCUUUCAGCUCAGAAAUGAAAAAAGAUUAAUUUUAUUUUGUAAACUUCAGGAAGUUUAAAAUGUUUCCUGGAGUUUUUAUAGCUGUCAGAAUAAAAGACGUUAAAUCAUUAUAAUCAAUAUUAUUAUUGAUCACAGUAACCCUCAGACCGAGCGGAGCUGCUGAUCAGAUUAUUGAUCACAUUAAAGUUUGUUUAAAGCCAAAGAAAAAACUCUGAACUUUGAUCAAUAACUGAUCGAUAUGUGGUGUUACAGCAGAACUCCUUUAAUGAACGCAGAACAGCUGAUUAUUGAUUACAUCACAAAUAACACAAUUAAUCAGCAGCUAAUUGAUUAUUGGUUAUUGAUUAAUCGUUUCAGUCACUUUCUGUAGUUUCAGCUCAUAAAAAAAAUCAACGAUCAAUAAAAACUUAGAAUAAUUUAUUAUAAAGAGUAAAAUCAGUAAUUAUUGAUCCUGAUUAAAGAUUUUCAGGAUUGAUUGAUCGUUGAAUAAUUAUUGAUCAGCUGAAUAAAAGUGACUGAAAUUAUUUUUAAUAAUCAGAAUUUUCUUUAUUUCCUGUCGAUCGAUUUAUUGAAGAAUCUUAUCGGCCAAUCACAGCCGAGAAUUAUUGAUCGACCCUCACCGAUGCUGCUGAUGACGUCACGGCGAGGAUCUCACACCUGUAUUACCUGUGACAUCACUUCCAGUCCAGCAGCGGACAGGAAGUCGGCGUCGGACGAUCGAGUGAAAAACAAACAGAUGGAACUUUUUGUUUUUAUUUUAAUCCAGAAAAAAAGGUGUUUUAUUUUUCUAAUGCUUCCUGUUGGUGAAUAACUUCCUGCUUCAUUUCCUCCAAUAAAUAUAAAAUAAAUCAAUAUUUAAUG